AUGAGAGUGAUCUAUGCGUGCAAAAAAAAGGAUUCAAAUUCGACUCAACAAAAGAGUAACAGAAAAUCCUCCGUUGUCACUCGCGCGGACUGGUCUUUAGGCUCGGACGUGAACAAUAUCGUCGUUUUUAACACCGCGGCGUUGUUGUUCGCCGGCAGAUUCGGGUUCGCGCCGACGGUGAAGAAGAACUACGGCGGCUCCACCUCGUACGCCAUGACUGAAGCGGCGAAGCCGGCGGUUGGCUCGAGAGAUCCGGCUGGGUUCACCGCGGUGGAUGUCUUGGCGUUUGGCUCCUUGGCACACAUCAUCUCGGCGGGUGAAAUCUUUGGCAUGCACAUGAAGUAA